CCACCUCCAAGACAGAAAAUUGCAGACCCUGAGGAACUGCAGGAAUAUCGACUAAAGAAAAGGCGUGCAUUUGAAGACAACAUCCGCAAGAACCGCGGCAAUGUCUCCAACUGGCUCAAGUACUCCAAAUGGGAAGAGGAACAAGGAGAAAUACGUAGAGCUCGGUCAGUUUAUGAGCGCGCGCUUGACGUUGAGCAUCGCAACAUCACGCUGUGGCUCAAGUAUGCUGAGAUGGAGAUGCGCUGCAAGCAGGUUAACCACGCCCGCAAUGUGUGGGAUCGCGGAGUGACGCUCUUGCCCCAAGCCAGCCAGUUCUGGUACAAGUACACCUACAUGGAAGAGAUGCUGCGCAACCCUGCUGGUGCAAGAGAGAUCUUUGAACGAUGGAUGGAGUGGGAACCUGAAGAACAAGCGUGGCGAACUUACAUCAAGUUCGAGCUGCGGUACAAGGAGCUGGACCGUGCCAGGGCCAUAUAUGAGCGCUUCAUAUACGUACAUCCUGAGGCCAAGAAUUGGAUCAAAUACGCGCGUUUCGAAGAGAACCACGGUUACAUCAACAGCGCCAGAUUCGUCUACGAGCGAGCAAUCGAGUUCUAUGGCGAUGACCACAUGGAUGAAAGUCUGUUCAUUGCUUUUGCCAAGUUCGAGGAGAACCAAAAAGAACAUGAACGAGCCAAAACCAUUUAUAAGUAUGCCCUCGAUCAUAUGUCUAAAGAUCAGUGCCUUAAUCUCUACAAUGAAUACACUCGACAUGAGAAAAAGUACGGCGACAGGUCAUCUAUAGAUGAUGUGAUCACCAGCAAGAGAAAAUUUCAGUAUGAAGAAGCACUUGAGAAGAAUAAUCUGGACUAUGACACUUGGUUUGACUACGUGCGUAUGCUGGAAGCCGAUGGCAACGUUGAUCUCAUUCGUGAGACAUAUGAGAAAGCAAUUACAUGCAUUCCUCCAGUCAAGGAGAAACAGCAUUGGCGGAGGUACAUCUACUUGUGGAUAUUCUACGCUGUGUUUGAGGAGUGCGUCACCAAGGACAUGGACAGAGCAAGGAACGUCUACAACAAGUGUCUGCAGCUCAUCCCUCACAAACUUUUCACCUUUGCCGAAAUUUGGUUGCUUUAUGCAAAAUUUGAAAUCCGGCGUAAAAACCUCACGGCUGCGAGAAAAACCCUGGGUCGUGCCAUUGGUAUGUGCCCUAAACACAAGCUCUUCCGUGGUUACAUCGACCUCGAAAUUAAACUCAGAGAGUUUGACAGAUGCCGGAAACUGUACGAGAAAUGGGUCUUCUUCGAUCCUGAGAACAGCAAGUGUUGGAUUCAGUUCGCAACUCUUGAGGCGAUGUUGAGCGACACUCAGAGAGCUCGAGCGAUCUAUGAACUCGCCGUCAAGCAGCCACGACUUGACAUGCCGGAGUACAUGUGGAAAGCUUACAUUGACUUCGAGGUGCAAGAAGAAGAGUGGCCUCGAGUACGUGCCUUGUACGAGCGCCUCCUCCAGCGCACGCAACGCGUCAAUGUUUGGCUGAGUUACGCACGUACCGAGCAAAAUAUCCCCGACUCCGGUGACAGGGCGCGAAAAAUAUACCAAAAGGCCUACAACAUCUUACGGUCGUGUGAAGAGAAAGAGCAGCGGAUCAUGCUGCUGGAGGCUUGGAAAGAAUAUGAAGAAAGCUUUGGUACAGAAGAAAAGGUUCAAAAUUAAGAAAUUGUCAGCGUGGAUGAAUAAAAAAAGUCAAAAUGGU